AACAGCGCCACCAACGGUUCUGUCAUUGCAGCAGUUUUUUAAUUCAAGAUGGCGGCGCCCAUGUCACUUGCUGGAAAAGUUGCGAUAGUUACAGGUGCAAGUUCUGGGAUAGGAUGGGCAACCAGUGUGUUAUUUGCAAAGCUUGGUGCGAAGUUAUCAGUAGCUGGCAGAAAUGAAUCAAAUCUUGACAAAGUCGCAAAACUCUGUCAGGAAAAUGGCUCAGAGACAUUGGUGGUUGUUGGUGAUGUCACUAAAGAAGACGAUAACAAGAACCUGAUUGAGAAGACUGUGCAGAAAUUUGGCAAAUUGGACAUUCUGGUGAACUGUGCUGGAAUUAUAUCUCUUGGUACGAUUGAAACAACAAGCAUGGAAGCUUAUGACUCAAUGAUGAAUGCAAACGUAAGGGCUGUGUUUCAUCUGACAUCCCUCGCUGUUCCACAUCUUGUCAAAACUAAAGGCAAUGUGGUCAAUGUUUCAAGUGUCAAUGGAUUACGUGCAUUUCCUGGUGUUCUUGCUUACUGUAUGUCAAAGGCUGCCUUGGACCAAUUCACAAAGGUAACAGCUUUGGAAUUAGCUUCUCAAGGUGUUAGAGUGAAUUCAGUCAAUCCGGGAGUAAUUGUCACAAAUUUACAGAAACGAGGAGGUCUUGAUGAUGAGGCGUAUGCCAAGUUAUUGGAACGCAGUAAGACAACUCAUGCCUUAGGUCGACCCGGAGAGCCUGAUGAAGCAGCUAAUGCUAUUGCGUUCCUGGCUUCUGAUGCAUCUACAUUCAUUACUGGUGCAAACCUACCAGUAGACGGAGGCAGGCAUGCUAUGUCUCCACGCUAGAUAAAUAGAAGAAACUCCCCAUUGCACAUUGCCAUGUCUCCUCGCUAGAUAAACACAAGAAACUCUCUAAGCAGCCAGCCCAGAAGCAAUGUUUAAUCUUGUUAUAAGAUAAGAAAAACCUACCAGAUGGACGUACGCAGCAUGCUAUGUCUCCUGAAUGCCUUGCAUCGUCCCCCAUAGCUGAUAAAUAGUGCACAUGUGAAGAGUUUAUUGGCUGGGAGCAUGGGCAGCUUGUACACACUGCACAUUUCCAUUGUUUGUCAUCAAAGAUGGCGGCCUAUACAAUGGGUCUAUUCUUCCUCCAUGCUUAGAUGAAGUUUGAUGUGGAUGGAGGCAUACCUGUUUAUAAUGCUGAUAAUCAAAACAUUUCUGUAUUCCUUACAGAGUAGAAGCCUUUGUUCUAAUGUACCGGUACCAUUCUGUUAAUAUUGUCAGUAAUAUUGUUGUAGUAUAUUUGUGUCCCGUUUGUCAAGCUGUGUGCCAAGCUGUAGGCUUUACAUGUCAGGCUACUGAGUGCAACACAAACAGUGCACUUUACCAUGACUGUAACACCAAGUAUUCUAAACUACAUUAGGACAAAUUAUUAUGUUAUUUGUUCUACAUACACACUUCCUUUAGGGUGCAUAGUCAUAGCAUCUGUGUGCUAACAACAUACAUGCUUUACUAGAUAAUGCAGAGACUUAUAAUAUGAAAACGUCAGGAAUGAAAAUAGCAAAGGUGUGGGUUGAGACGUUGUUCCAGAUAAAAACUUAUUUAAUUUCUAAAUGAAAUCUGAACUAUACUACAAAAUGUUGACCUUGAAUUGCCACCUAGUUUUGUAUUGCCUAUUAUUUGAUUAUUUACAUAUCUUUGCCUCUACUUGUUCUUUAAAAAAAGUAUAUUUUAAAAUUAUUCUAUCGAUGCUGUUUGUCAGCGCAGCAACGUUCCGACAACAGUAUUCAUGUAAAUCAUUAUAGUACUUAAUUUGAGCUUGAAUUAUGGAUCGGAUCAUCACAGUUUCACUAGGUUCAAUAUAUGCAAGUCACGGUUGAAUCAUGCAUGAGAACUAGAAGUGAGCCCUCUAUUGAUUAAUCAUGUAUCAACGAGUACAGGACUGUAGUCAAAACCAAUCAAUGUAAUAACUUCAACUUUCAGACGUAAGCUUGAGCUACACAGAAUUUGUGCUACUGCAGUCACCAUUGGCAUAUUCUAUUUUUGCAUCAAAUUUAAUUUGUUUUAUGCAUGUUUCCUACUAAUGUUGUAUUUGAAUAAUAUUUGAAGUGAUUAUAAUCUAUAUAAAUAAUGACAUUUAA